UACCCUAAAUCUCUCACAGUCCUGCAAAACAAACUUCUCUAGCACUUCAAGGGCCGCCUUUUUUAAAUCCCACAAAAGUGUAACUUCUCUUGCCUAAAAAGGGACAACUUUUUUGGGAGAGCAAAGCAUUUAAACAAUGCAAAAGGCAUAGUAUUAAACACCACAGCCUCCUUCGUCCAACUGUUUCUAGGUAACAAUGCAACUGAUUCUGAGUUUUCUUUUUUAAAAGACAUCUGGUGAUCUCCACCCUUCCUCCUAGAUUCUCUCAAUAUUUUCACAUAUUUAAUUUACCCUUGUCGUCUGUUACCUGUAUUGGUCGAUUUAGAUGCCUUUAUUCCAGAAAAUAUUCGAUUUUUAGCUCAGUUUGUAUUGCCCAACUGUUAAUUUCUUCUUCUCAAAAUACUCAUUUGCUCAAAAAUAAAUUCAUCCCUUUCUGCUCAAACCUUCAAAUUUUAAGGGUCCAUAGAAACUUCGAUUCUGGGUAUUGAUUGAAAAACUGAAAAUCAUAGCUUAGUUUGGAGUUUGAUAUAUAUGGGUGGAAGAAAGUUGCAAGGAUUUGGAAACAAUGGAGAUGGGUCAUUCCCAAAUUCUGGAAUUGGGUUUCUCUGGUGUCGUCAAGAUGAUUCCUUUCACCCUGGUGGCUUAUUUGCUAGCGUUGGGCAAAUUGGAAUGGGAUUUGGUAUAUCCCCAAACACUCCAAAUUCCACUGAGAAUAGCUUAAAGCUUCCAUCUUCAAAUUUGUAUUCACCUGGUGGCUUAUUUGCUAGUGUCGGGCAAAUUGGAAUGGGAUUUGGGAUAUCCCCAAACACCCCCAAUCCUACUGAUAAUGCCUUAAAGCUUCCAUCUUCAAAUUUGUACACACCAUACAUGUCAUUGCCAGAACCUAGUUUUCCAAUUGUUGGUGUACCAGAACUGGUAACAGGGGAGGAAUGGGAGGUGGAAGAGGAAGGGGUGUUGAAGAAGAGAAAGAAGAAGGGUGGUCUCAAAUUGAAAAUUAAGAUUGGGAAUCCAUCACUGAGGAGGCUAAUCAGUGGGGCAAUUGCGGGUGCUGUUUCGCGGACAUCCGUUGCUCCAUUGGAGACAAUAAGGACACAUUUGAUGGUUGGGAGUUGUGGACAUUCGAUGAGUGAAGUAUUCCAAAAUAUCAUGAAGACUGAAGGGUGGACAGGCUUAUUUAGGGGUAAUCUGGUUAAUGUCAUCCGGGUUGCUCCUAGCAAGGCAAUUGAGGUAUCAGAAAUUCCUAUUUUGUUUGCUAAACUUUUCGAUGUUACUUUGGUUUAUUGCGAGGGGUGGUUGUAG